AUGGAAGUUCACCACAGUGGUCAAUUUACAGAGAGUCCAAACAAAGCUUAUGUUGGGGGGAAAAUAAAUUACAUAGAUGACUGUGAUUGUGAACUGAUGUCGCUCAUUGAAAUGUAUGAUAUGGCUAAUACUCUUGGUUAUGCUCCAUAUGUUGGAUUUUACUACAAACUUCCUGGGUUGGAUUUGGACAAAGGGCUAGUACAUAUGAGUAGUGAUGAACAUGUAUUGGAUAUGUCACACCAUUUGCAUAAAAACAGGGUAGCUCAAGUAUAUUUUAAACAUAUAGGAGGUAUUAAAUUACUAGAGAGUCAGACUGGAUCAUUUAGAGGCAAAAACAAUCAUUCUGUUGAUGAUGAUCACCCAAUUGAUGACAAUGGCAUAGGGGAUGGGGUAGCAUCAGAAUCUGAAUUCAGUGAAUAUGAAGAUUUGGUUGAUAGUGAUUAUGAAAGUGAGUAUGAUGACAUGUUGUAUGAGAAUUGUGUUGAUCAUGAAGGUGAAUGGACUGGUUUGAAAAGUAACAGCCAAAAAACAACAGUAACAGACAUAAGGCAUGACUUAGACCUAAGUGACUCAGAUGGUGAUUCUGAGGACAUUAAUAGGGGUCAACUGCCAGAAGAUUAUGUUACUAGACACUACAAGAAAGGGGCAUUUAUGCAGGCGUGUGAACUAAUUAUCAACCCAAUUAAUGGACAUAAGAUGUGGAAAAGUGGACUUACCUCAGUAUUGCCUCAUUUGAACAGAAGACAACCUGGUAGGCCAAAAAAACUACGGAGGAAGGAACCAGAUGAGGUAAAUAAUAAACAUCAGCCACAUAAGUUGAGGAAAACUAGGCUAGUAUCACUUAAGUGUAGGAGAUGUGGUAAGAAUGGGCAUAACAGGAGGACAUGCACUACUGCAUUGACAGAAGGAGAAGGACUACAAGCUGAAGGAAGCCAAUCUGGAGAAAGUCAAAUAGUUGCAGGGAGCCAAUCAGUAGCAGCAAGCCAAGUAGUACCAGUAGGGAGCCAAUCAGUAGCAACAAUCGAAGCAGUGCCAGGAGGGAGCCAAGUAGUAGCAGCAAGCCAAUCACUUGUANGACUACAAGCUGAAGGAAGCCAAUCUGGAGAAAGUCAAAUAGUUGCAGGGAGCCAAUCAGUAGCAGCAAGCCAAGUAGUACCAGCAGGGAGCCAAUCAGUAGCAACAAUCGAAGCAGUGCCAGGAGGGAGCCAAGUAGUAGCAGCAGCAAGCCAAUCACUUGCAGGAAGGUCUUGCUUUGAAUAA